CAGAAUUUUCAAAUGGGAGAUUGCAGUGAUUUAGAUAGACAAAUUGAACAACUACAAAGAUGUGAGGUGAUUGACGAAAGUGAAGUCAAAGCUCUCUGUGCUAAAGCUAGAGAAAUAUUAAUUGAAGAAAGCAAUGUUCAACAAGUAGACUCACCAAUAACUGUUUGUGGUGACAUACAUGGACAAUUUUAUGAUUUAAAAGAACUUUUUAAAGUAGGAGGGGAAGUUCCGGAUACUAAUUAUUUAUUUCUCGGUGAUUUUGUAGAUAGAGGUUUCUAUAGUGUUGAAACAUUUUUAUUGCUUCUUGCUUUAAAGGUUAGAUAUCCCGAUCGAAUAACAUUGAUACGAGGAAAUCAUGAAAGUCGUCAGAUUACUCAAGUUUAUGGAUUUUAUGAUGAAUGUAUUAGAAAAUAUGGUUCUGUUACUGUCUGGAGAUAUUGCACAGAAAUUUUUGAUUAUCUCAGUUUAUCAGCAGUUAUUGAUGGAAAAAUAUUUUGUGUACAUGGUGGUUUGUCCCCUUCUAUUCAAACAUUAGAUCAAAUUCGAACUAUUGAUCGCAAACAGGAAGUACCACAUGAUGGACCUAUGUGUGAUUUAUUAUGGUCAGAUCCAGAAGAUACUCAAGGAUGGGGUGUAAGUCCAAGAGGAGCUGGUUACUUAUUUGGUAGUGAUGUAGUGAAUCAGUUUAAUGCUGCCAAUGAUAUUAAUAUGAUAUGUCGUGCUCAUCAAUUAGUUAUGGAAGGUUAUAAGUGGCAUUUCAAUGAAACUGUAUUAACAGUUUGGUCAGCACCUAAUUAUUGCUACAGAUGUGGUAAUGUUGCUGCUAUUCUGGAAUUGGAUGAACAUCUCCAGAAGAAAUUUACUAUAUUUGAAGCUGCCCCACAGGAAAAUAGAGGCAUACCAACUAAAAAACCUCAACCUGAUUAUUUCCUGUAAUAUUUUCCUAUGCAAGUUCAUCACGGAUGACAGGAAGAUAUCGGAAGAAAGAAAAAAUUUCAUAUCUUGUCAAAUUUAUCUAC